GGCGAUAUCCAGCAGCUGUUGAUUAUAGCUGACCCUAGAGCUGCAUACGACUAUUGUGAGCAUUACAGCCCAGACUGUGAUUCCCCAGUGCCCAAUGCUGCUCAGGCUCAAGAUCCUCAAGUUGAUGAGUACGCACCAGAAGAUUUUAUCGAAUAUGACUAUGAGUAUGGGGAUGCAGAUUAUAAAGAAACUGAUUCUGUAACAGAGGGACCCUCAUUGUUCGAAGAGACAGUAGCACAAACAGAGGCAAACGUUGUUGAUGGAUUUCAAGAGUAUAGCAUAGCUGAAAAUGACUACGGGCCCCAGACAGAAGCUCCCUUCAGAACUACUGAAGCAAAUGAGCAAAAUCCUGUUGAAGAAGUAUUUGCUGAAGAAUACAUUACUGGAGAGGAUUAUGAUAGAAAAACUGAGGAAACUGAAUAUGGAAGCAGAGGAGUAGACCUCAGUGAAUCUGAUCUGCUGGUAGAUGGAGAUUUAGGAGAAUAUGAUUUUUAUGAAUAUAAAGAAUAUGAAGAGAAACCAACUGAUUCCACUAAUGAGGAGUUUGGUCCGGGUGUUCCUGCAGAGACCGAUAUCACAGAAACAAGCGUGACUGGACAUGGGGCUUAUGGAGAAAAAGGCCAAAAGGGAGAACCAGCUGUGAUUGAACCGGGUAUGCUCAUCGAAGGACCACCAGGACCAAGAGGACCUGCUGGUCUUACAGGUCCCCCAGGUCUACAAGGCCCUGUUGGUCCUCCAGGUGAUCCCGGUGAAAGGGGUCCACCUGGUCGCCCUGGUCUUCCUGGUGCUGAUGGUUUAGCAGGUCCCCCAGGUACCAUGUUAAUGUUGCCGUUCCGCUUUGGUGGAGAUGGUGAGAAGGGCCCAACAAUCUCAGCUCAGGAAGCUCAAGCGCAAGCUAUUCUUCAGCAAGCCAGGAUUGCUAUGAGAGGUCCACCUGGUCCUAUGGGACUCACUGGAAGACCAGGUCCUGUGGGUGGACCUGGAGCAGCAGGUGCUAAGGGUGAAAGUGGUGAACCAGGUCCCCAGGGUCCUCGUGGUGUUCAAGGUGCCCCUGGUCCAAGUGGAAAAGCUGGGAAACGGGGACGUCCUGGAGCUGAUGGUGCCAGAGGAAUGCCAGGAGAACCUGGUGCAAAGGGUGACAGAGGAUUUGAUGGUCUUCCUGGUCUCCCUGGUGACAAAGGUAACAGGGGAGACCGUGGCCCACAGGGACCCCCUGGCUUACCUGGUGAAGAUGGAUCAAGAGGAGAAGAUGGGGAAGUUGGGCCAAGAGGUCUUCCAGGUGAAGCUGGUCCACGGGGAUUACUAGGCCCCAGAGGUACACCUGGUCCCCCUGGACAGCCUGGCAUUGCAGGUAUUGAUGGACCUUCAGGCCCAAAAGGAAACAUGGGUCCUCAAGGGGAACCAGGACCUCCUGGUCAGCAAGGAAUUCCAGGCCCACAAGGGCUUCCUGGUCCACAAGGUCCUAUUGGACCUCCUGGUGAAAAAGGACCUCAAGGCAAGCCUGGCCUUCCUGGCCUUCCUGGUUCUGAUGGGCCUCCUGGUCAUCCUGGCAAAGAGGGUCAAUCUGGAGAUAAAGGCGCAUUGGGGCCUCCAGGUCCUCAGGGUCCAAUUGGCUAUCCAGGUCCUCGUGGUGUAAAGGGAGCUGAUGGUGUCCGUGGUCUCAAGGGAUCCAAAGGUGAAAAGGGUGAAGAUGGUUUUCCAGGAUUUAAAGGUGAUAUGGGCCUUAAAGGUGAUCGGGGAGAAAUUGGUCAACCAGGUCCACGGGGAGAAGAUGGUCCAGAAGGUCCAAAAGGUCGAGCAGGUCCAUCUGGGGACCCAGGUGCUGCUGGUCCAGCUGGAGAAAAGGGUAAGCUCGGUGUACCCGGAUUGCCAGGAUAUCCAGGAAGACAAGGUCCAAAGGGCUCAACUGGUUUCCCAGGAUUUCCAGGUGCCAAUGGAGAGAAAGGUGCAAGGGGAUUACAUGGCAAACCAGGCCCCAGGGGACAGCGAGGACCAACAGGUCCAAGAGGCUCAAGAGGUCCUAGAGGUCCCACUGGAAAACCAGGUCCAAAGGGUACUGCAGGCAAUGAUGGUCCUCCUGGCCCACCAGGUGAAAGGGGACCACAAGGGCCUCAGGGACCUGUUGGAUUUCCCGGACCAAAGGGACCUCCAGGGCCACCUGGAAAAGACGGCUUGCCUGGGCAUCCAGGACAGCGGGGUGAGACUGGUUUUCAAGGAAAAACUGGUCCUCCUGGUCCUGGUGGUGUUGUUGGCCCUCAGGGUCCUACUGGUGAGACUGGUCCAAUUGGUGAAAGAGGUCAUCCAGGUCCUCCUGGUCCACCAGGUGAACAAGGCCUCCCAGGUGCUGCAGGAAAAGAAGGUGCUAAGGGUCCAGCUGGUCUGAAAGGAGGGGAAGGCCCACAGGGUCCACCUGGCCCAGUUGGUUCACCAGGGGAACGUGGAUCAGCAGGCACUGCUGGCCCAAUUGGUCUACCAGGUCGUCCUGGGCCUCAGGGUCCUCCAGGCCCCGCAGGGGAGAAGGGUGCUCCUGGUGAAAAGGGUCCUCAAGGUCCAGCUGGACGGGAUGGAGUACAGGGUCCUGUAGGACUUCCUGGUCCUGCUGGUCCUAGUGGUUCUCCUGGAGAAGAUGGUGACAAGGGUGAAAUCGGUGAACCGGGUCAGAAAGGUAGUAAAGGCGACAAGGGAGAAAAC